AUGGCGGGAGGAGCCGCCGCCGCCGCCGCCGCCGCUGCACCGCGGGAGGGAGCCCGGGCCGCGGCCGCUGGGCUCGGGCUCCGGCGCCGCUCGCGCACUCUCCCUCCCGCGCCCUCGCACACUCUCGCUCACACUCACACACACUCGCGCACGGGGGAGGGGGGGGCCUCAUGCAUAUUCAUGAGCCGAGCCAGGAAGGGGCCGGCCCCCACCCCCCGCCCCACCCCACCCCACCCCACCCCCCACCCCCGGUCAGCCAAUGGCGGGGCCGCAGCGGGUUCGGAUACACACAAAGGGAGCCCUGCCCGCGGUGACACGGGGCCGCCCGGGGCUGGGGGGGAGGAGGCCGAGGGGCCGGGUCCCCGCCCCCCGGCUUCCCCCUCCCCCCUCCCCCCGGGGCCCCUCCCUGGCGGGCGGCGGGCGGCGGGCGCGGGACCCGGGCCGGGGGAGGUGUGGGGGCGUGGCCCGCGCGCAGCCCGGGGUGCACAUGUGGGGCGGCCGCGGCUCCCGGAACUGCACUCGGAGGCUGGGGUGGGGUCUUUUGUGUGGUCUGCCGGAUCGCGGACGGGGGAGGCGGCGGGGGGCAGCGCCCAUCCCCCAGCCGCCCAGACGCUCGGCGGGAGCGCGCCGGGAUUCGGCGCCGCUCCGGGUGGACACUCGAGAACGGGGGAGGCCGAAGGGGCAGCGGCCGAAGGGGCAGCAGCCGGCCGUCCCGUCCCGUCCCGUCCUCCGUCCUCCUCUCCGGGGGAUACAAAGGACGGAGAGGAGGUGCUCCCAGUGCGGAAGCUCCCUCCACCGAUGCCCCCCGAGGUCCUGCCCGGCUCGACAGCGCCCCGAUCCCGCCCCGAUCCCGCGAACUUGUCCCCGACUUGGAAACUCGGCGUCGCCUCGGGCGCCGUGGCUUGCUCCUUGCUCCGGGAGCCAGGAGUCGGGUCUCGGGCGCCCUGCUCCCGGACUGCCCCGCCCGUCCAUCAGGAGGGGCCUCUUGGUCCAAGGGGGAGCCUGACCCACCCACCCUCGAUGCCCGCUGCUCCUGACCCUGCUUCCUGCCAACCAACCGCAGGAAGGGCACGGGCCCUAGCAACAGCUGGACCCGGGCGUCCGAGGACGCGGGACCAAAGUAGUCUUUCCCUAUCCAAAGGCAUCCUGGGGAGGCACCGAUUCUGGCUUCUCAUACAGAAAAACUUCCCUCUGUAUGCUGAAGGGGCUUCAUGCCACCCACAGCCCCUCCCCUCUAUGGAAUCACAGAAUCUCACAGCUGGAAGGAACGCAGAGACCUGCUCAUCACCUCCAAGGACAGAACAUCCUCGGACACCCCCGCUGCGUGGCUUUGCUCCAGUAAGAGCGGCCCACUCCACCUGGGGGCAGUUCCCCUCCUCUGACCACAGUCCUUUGCUCACAGGUCUCAGGUCCCCUCGCCCCCUGCAGACACCCACACUCCACUCUCUCCCAGUCUCUUUUUUCAAGUGCCCGGUUGAAAUCCAGGGGCCGCCGCCUCCUCCAUGA